UGCAACAAAUCGAGCAGCGUGAUUGGCUUAGGCCUGGAAAAGAUGGUUUGGGAUCCUCGAUGUACAGGCCGCAGUAGUGCUACCGUUGGAAAAAUAAUGAUAAUAAAUUGCAACAGAUUCGAGGGGAUCCGAAACGCAUCAGCACAUUGAAGGCAGUCGGGCAAUAGACAUUUUCCUUCCUGAUGACAGCUUCAGGUUUUCUUAAAAUUUGUGACACUUUCACGUGAAAGGAACUGCUGUCAAAUGUGAAGUGCUGUAGAACAGUCACAGAUUAUGGAUCAAGGUGGAGGGAUCCUGGAGCUUCACAAAGACUUGAAGAUGCCCCAUACAAUGAUAAUGCCAGAUUUUGGGAUGAGUGGCAUGGCCCACCUUGAUGGUGAGCACAUUGUGGUGUCGGUGCCAGAGGCUGUGAUGGUGUCAGAUGUGGUGACAGAUGAAGAAGGCAUCAUGUUGGAGACUGCCCUAGAAGCUGAAGUGGUAGAAGAGCCUGACAUCUGUCAUGAGGACGUCAUCACCACCGAGGGAGUGAUCAUGUCGGAGUCGAUGCUGGGAGCUGAAGUUGCCAUCCAAGAGGCUCUCAGUGGCACUGCGGAUCUGAUUGAAGAAACUGUGCCUGAUCAGGUGUUUGUGGCUGAGCUCAUGUCACCUCACAUGCAGAGCCCACUGGACCAUAACCUGGUGUCUGCAGAAGUCAUGGUGACAGACGCGGACACGGUCAUUCACUCGCACGACACCCUGCAAUCUGAUGUCACCAUUAAAGCAGAUGAUGAGGAGGAUGUGAAAAGCACUUCAGAAGACUACCUUAUGAUUUCCUUGGAUGAGGUAGGGGGGAAGCUUGACAUUGAAGACACCUCUUUAAAGAUCAGUGACGGCCAAGAUGAUGACGGCUCGAAGGAGGAUGAGUUCAGCUCGGAGGUCAUAAAAGUUUACAUCUUUAAAGCAGAUGGAGAUGAAGAUGUGGAAAUUGGCAGCACAGAGGUGGUAGAAGAGAGUGAUUUUCCUGGUAGGCACACUGUGAUGGAGCCAGUGGGUUCAGGAAGGCUGCCCAGAGAGAAGAUGGUCUACAUGGCUGUAAAGGAUGCCAACCAAGAAGAUGAUUUAAACUGUUCCGAGAUGACUGACCAGGUGUAUAUGGAAGUCAUUGUUGGGGAGGAAGAGGCUCCUGCUAUCACAGAAGCCCAGAUGGAGGACACAGCAGUUAACAAGACCAUUGUUCCUGCAGCUUGGGCAACUGCAUAUGGAAGCAGUCUAGAAAGUAAGAAUGGUGCUGCCACUCCCUACCUGCAGAUCACUGACAGCAUCAGCACAAGCCGAGCACUUAAGCAAAAGAUUAAGAAGAGGAGGAGAGGGGAAACACGCCAGUGCCAGACAGCUGUAAUCAUUGGUCCUGAUGGGCAGCCACUGACUGUGUACCCCUGCCACAUCUGUGGCAAGAAGUUCAAAUCACGGGGUUUCCUGAAACGCCAUAUGAAGAAUCAUCCGGACCACAUGUUUAAGAAGAAGUACCAGUGCACCGAUUGUGAAUUCACCACCAACAAGAAGGUGAGUUUCCACAACCAUCUGGAAAGCCACAAGCUCAUCAUCAAGAAUGAAAAGAUCCCUGAGUACACCGAGUACACUCGCCGAUAUCAUGAGGCCAGUCCACUCAGCUCCAACAAGCUCAUUCUGCGAGACAAAGAGCCCAAGCUGCACAAAUGCAAGUAUUGCGAGUACGAGACUGCCGAACAGGGUCUUUUGAACCGCCAUCUUCUGGCCGUGCACAGUAAAAACUUUGCACAUGUCUGCGUAGAGUGUGCUAAGGGUUUCCGCCACCCCUCUGAGCUUAAGAAGCACAUGCGGACUCACACGGGAGAGAAACCUUUCCAUUGCCAGCACUGCGAGUUCUCUUGUGCCGACCAGUCCAAUUUAAAGACUCAUAUAAAGAGCAAACAUGGGACUGACCUGCCCUUUAAGUGUGGCCAUUGCCCACAGGCGUUUGCGGAUGACAAGGAGCUACAGAAGCACGCUGAGAUAUUCCAGGGUCAUAAGACUCACCAGUGUCCCCACUGUGAACAUAAAAGCACCAAUUCCAGUGACUUGAAACGUCACAUAAUCUCGGUACACACUAAAGACUUUCCGCACAAGUGCGACGUGUGUGAAAAAGGCUUUCACAGACCCUCUGAACUGAAAAAACAUUCUGAAACCCACAAGGGGAAUAAAGUACACCAGUGCCGGCACUGUGAUUUUAAGACGUUGGACCCCUUCACACUAAGCCGCCAUAUUCUUUCUGUUCAUACUAAGGACUUGCCAUUUAAAUGCAAGCGCUGCAAGCGUGGAUUUAGGCAUCAGAACGAACUUAAAAAACACAUGAAAACACACAGUGGCCGCAAGGUUUACCAAUGCCAAUAUUGCGAGUAUAACACUACAGAUGCUUCAGGUUUUAAAAGGCAUGUCAUAUCAAUCCACACUAAAGACUAUCCCCACAGGUGCGAUUAUUGCAAGAAGGGUUUCAGGCGGCCAUCAGAAAAGAACCAACAUAUCAUGCGACAUCACAAGGAAACCUUGUUAUAACGAGAUCUGACACGAUCUGAGAUCUGACACGCUGUCAUUUACAUGGUGAAAUUUAACAAACUUCUUAUUUAAUGGUCUGCUAAUAUGUAAAGAAACAUAAAUCAAAUCUGAGGCGGGUAUAAGUGGUUAACAGUAUGGUCAUGUCUGUCUUUGUUUUGUCUGCAUAGAAUAGGUUAGGAAAACGCUCAUUCUCCAGUGCCUAUAUUUAUUACCCACUUUGAUUCAGUUCAGUCAGCAAAUCCUAAUCCUCAACUUUAAAGUUUGCCCAACAAUAAAAAUUGUCAUUUUUACUUGCCCUUGUGUUGUGACAAACAAUUACUUUUAUAUUGAGAAUAGCGUAAAAGUGCCGCAUAUUACUCCUGCUGCUUUAUUUCAUUGCAGCUUAGCAUCAGAAAGGAUGAAACAGCAACAUAAAGUCAUCAUAAAAUUUUGAGUACUUGUUGGCAAAUGUUUGUAUGUUUGAAAGCAGGAUAAAAGUUUCCAAGUAAUUAUGUGUAGCAUAGAAAAUGGUUUGAAACAACUUAAGGGUGAGUAAAUGAUGAUCAAGUUUUUAAAUGGGUGUCAUGAUAUAUGCCAAAUUGAAUUUUACACAGAUGUAAAUUAGGCUAGAGUCACUGCACAAUGUAAAGGUCCUACAUCACUUGUCAACUUUACAAUUCAUAUUACACAAGCAUUUGGGAUUUUGUCAAACAUCAGCACAAUCGACUUAACUGGACUUUUUUUUUUUUUUUACACUAUUUCAAGAAUUAAAUGUGCUGUUGACUAGUUUAUUUUUUCUUUUGGCAGAGGACAAUAAAUAAAUACAUUCAUUUAUCUAUGGUGUGUUAAACCAUCAUGAUGUUAAUUUAAACAACUUUUGUUUUUGUAGUUAUCAGAAAUGCUGGCGUUUAAACCAGUAUGUUUUUUGAGGACUUUCAUACCAUUUGCUCCCUACGAUCCCAGUGUCUUGAUUGAUUCUUCACAUAUCACUCUGUGUUGUUAACUUUGUGAAUACUGUUGCACAUUUUAGUGUAUAUGUACAAUGAAAUGUUAACAAUGCGAUGAACAUGCACAUACUGCCAAUUAUUUAGAAUCUCUUGAGUCAUGCCUUCUGUUUUUGCACUGAAUUCAGCAAGUAUAAAUCACUUGUGAAUAUUUUAAGUUUCAGUUAUGCUAUGAUAGAUGUACAUUAACAAAUGCAAAUCAACAAAAGAGCUUUUACAACUUUUGCUUUUAUAAUGUCACUUCUUUGUUGAGAAUUUUUGGUUGGUGGGCAAACAUUCACAUCCCAAAGAAGCCAUUCCCCCGACGUAUUUGUGUGGAAAAAACCUCAGUGCUUAAGAGGCAUGUCUUUAUAUACCAGUAACUGGCAUAGCUGUUGACUUCUUAUCUGUAGUUAACAGCAGUAUUCUGCAACUAUAGUAGUUUGCAGAUAACCGUUCAUGGUGAAUUUCUUUAAUAAGAAGAGGUGAAGAGGGGCUGCUUUUAAUCUAUUUUAUUGUCAGACACCCAAAUGUAGUAAUAGUCAAUCUAAUGGCUAAAACAAAGUACUAAACAUGUCACUAUUUUUUCAUAGAAAUUUUUUUUUAAUGUGCUGAGGAUUUUCACCAGAUGUCAGUAAACAACCAAAGUAAUCAACAAAACUACUUAGUUUUGAAAUUAAGUUAUGUGUAAUUAAAUUAAAUGACACAGGGAAAAAGUAUUGAACACAUGAAGAAAGGAAGGUUUAAAAAAAAGUAUGGAAAGGCCAGACAGAAGCUGAAAUCUUACAGCCAAAUAAACUCUUAACUGGUUUCAGACAAAGAAAAUAAAGCUGCUAGAAUGGCCCAGACAACCACCUGAUCUGAAUCCAAUAGAGAAUAUGAACUAAGGAUCAGAGUUGAUAGACGAAACUCAUGAAACUGUCAAGAUUUGAAGAAUCUGUCGAUGUAUGGGGGU